GAAGCCCGAAGAUGAGGGGUCGACUUUGCCCACCUGGGGAGGUCAACUGGCCUGUCCCAAGUCCGACUUGGACGGCUUGGGAGUGCUCGUUAGACGUUAGUGUCGCUACGGCUUAGCAUUCUUUUCUCGCCUUCUCCUCUCCGAGCCACUCAGAUCCUGGGUCGCUUAAGUUUACAUAGUACGUGCACGAGAGGCACCUACAGCGCUGAGGUCAUCGCCCUCGUAUGAUACGUGCAGUCCUAGUGUCUUGCCUCUUCGCAUACACCCCUGCUCCUUUGCGACUGAUCCUCUAAGCGGGUCUGUCUCUCUUUUUUCUUCUUCUCCGGAACACCUCGCUUCGCCGUACGACUAGCUACGCUCGCUCUCCGAUAUCAUGAGUUCCGAGGAAGAGGUCCUGUCCGGACCGCCUGCCCCCGAGCUGCUCGACGACCGGAUCUGGGUCGAUGGGUGUUGGGAUUUCUUCCACCACGGCCACGCCGGGGCCAUGCUCCAGGCGCGCCAGCUCGGCACCGAGCUGUACGUGGGCGUGCACUCGGACGAGGCCAUCCUCGAGAACAAGGGCCCGACGGUGAUGAAUCUGCGGGAACGGCUUGCCGCCGUGGACGCUUGCCGCUGGGUCACCCGAUCGGUCGCCUACGCGCCGUACGUCACGCAGCUGAGCUUCAUAAGCCACUUCGGCUGCAAGUACGUGGUGCACGGCGACGACAUCACCUCCGACAGCAGCGGCGAGGACUGCUACCGCUUCGUCAAGGCCGCCGGCCGCUUCAAGGUCGUCAAGCGGACGCCGAGCAUAUCCACCACCGACCUCGUCGGCCGCAUGCUCCUGUGCACCCGAACCCACUUCAUAAAGUCACUGGAGAAGACCUUGGCCGGCCAGGAGGGCAGCGGCACCGAGGCCGAGAGGGCGGAGGAAGGAGCCGCCAUGACCGCCCGCAUCAGGCAGUACGCGACCGACGAGACCGGCAAGCGACCCGGCGCCGACGUCUACUUCUGGCACGCCUCUACCGCGGCCAAGAGCUCCGAUGCUGCGGGCGCUACAACGACAGAAGAGAGGGGAUCGUUCCGCCCUUUACUCAAGGGCUCCGGCCCGAAGCCCGGCCAGCGAGUGGUCUACGUCGACGGGGGCUUCGACUUGUUUUCCAGCGGUCAUAUCGAGUUCCUCCGCCAGGUCGUGCUGGCGGAGGAGGAUCUGGCGAGGACAGAGGGCUGGUACGACCAGCAGGCCGUCGACGAGCGCCGUGGCAAGGGAGACGAUUACGGCCCCGUCUUCGUCGUUGCUGGGGUUCACGAUGACGAGGUGAUCAACCACUGGAAAGGGGUCAACUAUCCCAUUAUGAACAUCUACGAGCGUGGCCUCUGCGUGCUUCAAUGCCGGCAUGUCAACGCUGUCAUCUUCGGCGCGCCAUUCUCGCCGACCAAGUCCUACCUGACGAGCUCUCCCUGGGGCACCCCCGACGCCGUAUACCACGGCCCGACAGCAUUUAUGCCUCUCUCGUACGACCCGUACACGGCGCCGAAGGAGAUGGGCAUCUUCCGGGAGGUGCCGAGCCACGAGUUCCAAGACGUCAACGCCGGCACGAUCGUGCAUCGCAUCAUGAAGAGCCGGGAUCUGUACGAGGAGCGGCAGAGGAAGAAGGGUGUGAAGGCCGUCGGCGAGGCCGCGCACCGCCAGAGGGAGAUACUGGAGGAGGAACAACGCCUCAAGGAAGAGGAGAGGGCCUCUGUCUAAAAAUUGCAGCACAGCCGGUCUGCUGCGGCAAGAGUUGGCCAACUCCAAUAUCAGGUAUUGUGAACGAGGGAGGAUGUGGCGACAAUGAUGGGCCUGGCCCGCCUCAAGGAGCUAAUUAACGACUGGGGCGCCCCUGAACCGAGUACGGUCUCCUGACGGCUCGAGUCAUGGCGGGAAAAAAAAGGAACAAAAAAAAAAACA